UCCGAGCCGUCGGAGCACGAUAUCCCGAAGUACCGUAGUGAAUCGGAGCAUGCUGCUGUCAAGAAGGAAUCUAUACCUUUGAAUGAGUAUGGGCACCAAGGCCACGGCGCCUCCGCGUCUAUCUGUCCAGAUCCUCUCGGGAAGAGCAUCUGUCGCCCUACCCGUGCAUUACCUUAAGUCUCCAAUUCAUCUACGUGCGGGAUCCUAACUUCAGCGUUCACCACUACCAAGAGCCACGCCAUUUCCACGUUCUUCGCCAACUGUCGAAAGAGUUUACUCGCCAGUGUCUUACUCUCCUCAUGUGAGAGCUGCAAAAUGUUCUUGACUGGAGCAAAGGGAACGAUUCCUGCUAGUGGGCGGUGAUCAGCGAAUCUAAUGUCGGACUGGAUCUGCUAGAACCUCUAUCUACCGGCCCAAUGCAGUGCCGAAAAUGUUGACAGCGCCUCGUAUUUUGACGUACUUGUGCUGCUGGACGUCGUUCUGCUUCGCACGUGGUUGCCUUUCCUUGUAUGCGUACAGGUCCGCCACCCUAUUUCUGUUACAUGCUGUUUGCGGACAAGACUGGAUCACACUGAGCAUGGUACUGUCCACGUCGUUUCUACAAAAGCCCUUCCGAAAGUCUGCCGUCAAUUUGGUCAAGCUUUCGCUGCGUUCUCAUGAGUUCAGCAUUCAAAGCGAGCGGAUGCUGCAGAAAAGGACGGGUGAUAGGCUCCUGACCGCCUCUUUUCUUCCCAAGUCUGAAGGUAUCGUCGGCGCCUAUGACGAUCUGGAAUACACUGUCUGCCUCGUAGAUACAAGUCUCAUUCUUUCCGCAUUGGCUGGCCACCGCUCUCCUGAGACACCAGGUAUGGAUCUCGCUUCCUAUCCCAUGCAUCCUGGUCAACGGCCCAAUGUCAGGCAUCGGCGCUUGAAGAGUAUUCGUGCUAGGUUCCAUGGUUCGAGCGAUGGUUCUUGUGCAGUCGAGCCAGCACUCCUGCCAUCUGCCUCGCCUUGAGUCUCAGAUAAUGCAGCAUCUGCU